AUGUCGUCUUUCUUCACCGUGCCCGGGGCGCAGAAGAAGCGCAAGCAGGCUCCCACGACUGCAGACGGCCCCAAGAAACGAUUUGCAGGCACGGGCAAACCCUCUGGCAAAGCAACCAAAGCUCCGCCGAAAGCCGCACCUCAAAACAGGCGGCAAGAACGCGAUGACGAGUCAAUCUCUGGCAGCGAUUCCGAGGAUGACAAUGUUGCGGCCGACGAUGAGGAGGCUCAGGACUCUGGGUCCGACUCGGAAAGGGAGGGCGAAACCGCCGCAGAGAAGCGAUUGCGUCUCGCCGAGCGAUAUCUGGAGCGCGUACGGCAGCAAGAGGAAAUGGCCGUAGGCUUCAAUGCCGAAGACGUCGAUCGCGAUAUUAUUGCCGAACGGUUAAAGGAGGACGUUGCCGUCUUCAAGGGCAAGGUUUUCCGUCAGCUUGCCGACGAAUUGGCUACUGAUAAGGCGUCACAUUGCCUGUUUCGAGCCGAUACUCUAACAACGACCAAUAUCACCACGUGCGCUCCAUUCUGCUACACAGCUUCCAAGGAUCGGACCAUAAUCAAGUGGAGGAUACAAGAUCUUCCCAAGUAUCAAUAUCCCCAAAAGACCAAGAAAAAGCCCAAGAAGCAAGCGCCGCCAAAGAAACGACCAGAAAAAGUCGCCGUAAUCAAGCCUUCCAAAUCAAAGGACAAGGACUUUCAAGGACAUGUGGCUGGCGAGAUUCUAUGUAUUGCUGCAUCACAGGAUGGAAAAUUCUUGGUCACUGGCGGCACGGAUCGCCGUCUAUGCGUUUACGACGCCAACACCAUGAAGCCUCUCAAGGCAUGGACACACCACCGUGACGCCGUCACAGCUCUAGUCUUUCGGAGAGGGUCGAAUCAACUGUACUCGGCAUCAAAAGACAGGACGGUCAAGGUUUGGAGUCUCGACGACAUGGCAUACGUAGAGACGCUGUUUGGUCAUGCCGACCAAGUUGUGGAUCUUGAUGCCCUCGCCCUUGAACGCUGCAUCUCUGUUGGUGCUCGUGACCGAACAGCCAGACUGUGGAAGGUGGUAGAAGAGACACAACUCGUAUUCCGAGGUGGCGGCGCCAUUGACAAGAAACGAUUACCAAACAUUGAUCCUCGAUCUUUAGCUGUCGAAGGCAGCAUGGACUGUGUAUCCAUGAUUGAUGAAGAAUUAUUUGUCACUGGAUCUGAUAAUGGAAGCAUUGCGCUUUGGAGUUUGGCAAAGAAGAAGCCGCUCUAUGUCAUGCCUCAAGCGCAUGGCCUUGACCCGGCUUUGAAGCCGGAAGAAAUAUCUGCAGAGGAAGUUCCGGAUGCUCGUAUUGUACCACCCCCUCAGCCACGGUGGAUUACUGCAUUGAGGACUGUUCCCUACUCGGAUGUGAUUCUCUCUGGAUCAUGGGACGGUGUCGUCAAAGUCUGGAAGCUGAGCGACGACAAGAGGUCAAUACUACCUGUUGGCAACUUGGGCGAGCCUAGCUCGAGAGAUUCCCCAGAGUUCAAUGGUGUAUCCGAGGACUCUGACGAUCAAAAGAAGAACAAUGGCCCCCAAAUAGGCCGCGAACCCUGGGUCGUCAAGGGAGUCAUUAAUGAUUUGUCGGUAUUUGAAAGAGGUGAUCGCGGUAGAGACGGCUUGUGUGUCGUGGCAGCCCUGGGCAAAGACCACAGGUUAGGCAAGUGGAAAAAGGUGCAGGGAGGUAGAAACGGUGCUGUGGUAUAUGAAAUCCCAAAGUUGGGCAAGUCGGUUGUGACCAACGGCGAUAAGGCUACACAAUGA